ACGCGUGGAAGACUGACGUUUUAAAAGGAAAAAAAAAUACGUCCUAAAGGAAGAUGUGUUUGUAAAAGGAUUUGCCUCUAAACAGUAAUGAACCAAAAAGAUCAUGUCUGAAGUACAAGGAACGGUUGAGUUUUCUGUAGAGCUACAUAAAUUUUAUAAUGUGGAUCUCUUUCAGAGAGGGUAUUACCAGAUCCGAGUGACCUUGAAGGUGUCCUCAAAGAUCCCCCACAGACUGAGCGCCUCCGUCGUCGGGCAGACAGACGGCAACAGCCUGCACUCCGCCUGCGCCCACGAGAACGCCGUGCACAGCCGGAUCUUUCAGAUCUUAUACAGGAAUGAAGAGGUGCCCAUCAAUGACGCCGUGAUCUUCCGAGCUCAUCUGCUCUUAGACGGAGAAAGGGUGGAAGAGGCACUAAGUGAAGUCGAUUUUCAGCUCAAGGUGGAUCUCCACUUUACAGACAGUGAACAGCAGCUGAGGGACGUGGCGGGGGCACCCCUGAUUAGCAGCCGCACGCUCGGCCUGCACUUCCACCCCCGGAGAGGCCUGCACCACCAGGUCCCCGUCAUGUUCGACUAUUUCCACCUGUCGGUGAUCUCGGUGACCAUCCACGCGGCCCUGGUGGCUCUGCAGCAGCCCCUGAUCAGUUUUACCCGUCCGGGAAGAGGGUCCUGGCUUGGUAAAGGCGGCCCAGACGCGGGACCGGAGCAGUCCAGCCUCUCUCUGGAGAACCUGGUCUUCGGAGCUGGGUACUGCAAGCCGACUUCCUCGGAGGGGAGUUUCUAUGUGCCCUCGGAGAACUGCAUGCAGCACGCGCACAAGUGGCACCGAGAGCUGUGCUUCCUGCUCCUGCACGCCUACCGGGGGCUCCGCGCCUACUUCCUGGUCAUCAUGAGGGACGUCCCCGAGCUGCCGCACACGGAGCUGGAGUCCCUUGCUGUUGAGGAAACGCUUUCUCAGCUGUGCUCCGAGCUACAGGUGUUGAACAAUCCAGAGAAGAUCGCUGAGCAGAUAAGUAAGGAUCUCGCCUGGCUCACCUCCCACCUGAUGGCUCUCUGGACCCAGUUCCUAGACACGGUGACUCUGCACUCCCAGGUGACCACUUACCUCACCCAGGAACAUCACACCUUGAGGGUCCGAAGGUUUUCUGAGGCCUUCUUUUAUAUGGAGCACCAAAAAGUUGCAGUCCUGACCUUUCAGGAAAAUCUGAUACAGACCCACAGCCAGCUGUCUCUGGACAUCCGGAAUUCAGAGUAUCUCACCACCAUGCCCCCGCUGCCCGCGGAGUGUCUGGACAUCGAUGGUGACUGGAACACCCUACCGGUUAUCUUUGAGGACAGAUACGUGGACUGCCCUGCAACAGGGCACAGUUUGAGUGUUUCCCCUAAUUUUGAUGUUCAAACAAGUCCCGCAAUAAUGAAUCUGAAAGACAGAGAAGAGAGCCCUGUUGUAAAUAGAAAAUCACCUUUCAGGGAAGACCUUGUCUCACCCGCCAUGAAACCACCCCAGAUGGACUCUGACGAGGAAGUUCUGAGGUGUCCAGAGCCAGACGACAGUGCAACUACACCAGAACGCGCGGAUGUGUGCUCCGAAUCUCAGGUGUAUCUGACAAUUGGUGAGGUCCAGAACGAGGCAGGUUUGCCUGAAGAGGAAUGUUGGGCUGGCCCGAGGGCCGAUGUUGGAACACGUCCCCUGGCAGAUGAGGACCUGCCCAGAAGGAGGCCGGGUCCAGAGGAUGGCCAGCCCCCGGUACUCACCUACAUUGAUGUGAAAUCGAGCAAUAAGGACCCGUGCGGCCCUGAACCCACGGUGGUCGUUAGUGCUCAGCACGAGAGUGGGCACUCCCGAGAUAACUGUGAACCCGCCAGAACUGUGCCGGGCAAGGAGGUAUCAGGUACAAGUCGUCCACAUGCCAUCUCUUCAGAGAAAACAACACUCCGUGAGUUAAGUCCUCUAGGAAAGGUUGCAGACCGAGAGGGCAAGGUGGUGCUGCUAAGCCUGAAGCUCAUCCCCUCUGAGCCCUGUGAUCCACUGAACUCUGCUUUGAGGGAUCCCUUGGAUGUUAGGGCUUCCCCAAAGGACCCUCCCUCAGAGGAGCAGGAGGAAGUGUCGGUGCUCUCUGGGGUCAUCAAGAGAUCUUCUUCCGUCGUCUCCGAUUCAGGCAUUGAGAGUGAGCCGAGCUCUGUCGCUUGGUCGGAGGCGCGAAGCAGGGCCCCGGAGUUACCCAGCGACCGGGAAGCCUUGCACCAUCUGCUUCGAAGACACGGCCUGCACAGGAACUCCUUGGAGGGCGGACACACGGAGAGCAGCACGAGUUUGCCGAGCGGGAUCCAGGCGUCCCUCACCUCCAUUAGCUCUUUGCCUUUUGAGGAGGAGGAACGGGAGUUGGCCCUCACCAAGUUGACCAAGUCCGUAUCUGCACCCCAGAUCAGUAGCCCGGAGGAGUCUGCUGGAGACACAGACGCCAUGCAGCAAGGUGGACCUCUUGCUGAAAGCUGCGCCGUGCCCGUCAAGACCAUAGACUCCCCGGGAUCCAGGACGCGGGACGCUGGGGCACAGGUGGUUUCAGGUGCCGACAACCAGCAGGGCCCCGGUUACAUAGACAUCCCCAAAGGUAAAGAGAGUCAGUCUGAGCCUCAAGGACCUCGCUGUCUUGAUGGCAGGACGGAGAACCCUCCAGGUGUGGAAACCAAAGGUCUUCAUUUAAAAAUACCACGUAUCAUAGCCCUUGAAAACCCUGGGAGUGGAUCUUUCCCUAGAGUACUAAAGGAGACCCCAAAGGGCAUGCCUGAGGACUUGAAACUGGAGAAAGGAGCUCGUUCCCACAGCAGCAUCUCAGAUGAUGAGAGUGUUGCCCACCGUACGGUGCCUGCGUUGAACUAUGCCGCAGUCGCUGACGCCGUCGACCUGGGCUCAGCAGGCAAGCAGAGCAGCUCACCUUGUAUCAUGGAUGAUGCAGAGUUCAGCAAGGGAGCCGAUGCUGUCCUGGAGGCUGGGCGUGAAGCGGGCACUGCGUGCCCCACCGUGACCCACUCCGUUCACUCCCAGGUCUUAGGAGACCAAGAGCCAAGGGCAGGCACUUCCGUUAUGGUGUCCCACCUGCCCCCGGCAGAGACCUUCACCCUGGACAGCCUGAAAGCCGUGGAGGUCGUCAACCUGUCCGUGUCUUGCACUGCCACGUGUCUCCCUUUCUCGUCUGUGCCCAAGGAGACCCCUGCCAGGGCCGGAUUCGCUUCCAAACAGACCCCAUUGCCCAUCACUCACCAACCUUUGGGUUCCUUUGGAGUCGUUUCCACUCAUUCCAGCAAGUUGGAGGAAGAAGUCAGUGAGAGGAUGUUCAGUUUUUAUCAGGCCAAAGAAAAAUUUAAAAAAGAACUGAAGAUUGCUGGAUUUCUGUACAGUGACUUAUCUGUACUAGCUUCUGAUAUACCGUAUUUCCCACCAGAGGAAGAGGAAGAAAAUUUGGAAGAUGGAAUUCACCUGGUAGUCUGUGUCCAUGGCCUAGAUGGGAACAGUGCAGACCUCCGCCUGGUGAAGACUUUCAUAGAGCUGGGACUUCCUGAAGGAAAGCUGGACUUCCUAAUGUCUGAGAAGAAUCAGGUAUGA